GACAGCACAGCUUGAUGAAUUUGUGCUUUUUGUUAGGGAAAGCCACAUGAUGAAACAGAUAUAGCAGUCAAGAGACUCUCUAGUAGCUCAGGACAAGGCAUAGAAGAGUUCAAGAACGAAGUCGGGUCGAUUUUGAAACUACAACACAGAAAUAUUGUCAGGCUAGUUGGUUGCUGUGUUGAAGCUGAAGAAAGGAUACUAAUUUAUGAAUUCCUGGCCAACAAAAAACGUGAAUAAUUAUCUGUUUGGCAGGUUCCGUUGAGAAAUUUUCUUUUCUCCCUUGGUUGCAUCACAUCACAUCUCAUCAUAUCAUUUUCUUAACCAUAAAGUUUCCAGCUUUACACCUUCUUCCCUAUCCUUCACCAUCUCCAUCACAGUUACUCUUUUCCCUUGUUAGAUAUCUGUUAUUCCCUAACGCCAUGCCUAUCAUCAAUGUUGCCCCUCGGCACCACCAGCGUGAGGGUCUCGUGCUCAAGGACCCUGGACCUGCUGGGUUUGCUUUCAUUUUUUGUCUGGCUUUGUCAAAUGGAAAUUCUGAGGGAAACCGGAAUUUAUCAGGUCAUUUAUGCAACUAGGAAUGAAGAAAUCUGCUUCUGGGUUUGUGCGUGUGUGAAAUCUAUAUGAAUUCCUGUGAAUUCCAGUGAUCGAUAGCCAUGGAGUAAAAUAAGGCAUGGAAACUUGAAAGGGUCUGUUUAGGCAGGCUUCUUGAAAAGUUUCUACAUUUUCUUGUUAGAAUAUACAUUUUUUAGGCUU